GGAGAUCAGGCAGAAAGCCAGAAGCGCUGGCAGGGCGCGGCUGAACAGCCCACCCUCCGCCUCAGCCUCUCUGCUCCAGUCAGAUGUUACGUCGCCUGCGGAGCGUUUGCCUUCCUUAGCUCUGCCGGACCGGACCGGACCAGACGGGACGGGACGGGACGAACCCGGGUGAAAGUUGGUGAAUGUUGAACGGUCUCGCGGCACUUUGCGGAGGGAACUAAUGAAGGCCUCGCGCACUGAAGUUUUGAGGAGCUCGCGGCGAUGCGCAAGCGGACGAGGCUCCUCUGCGCCUCCGCUCUGCUGCUGCUCUUCUCCGCCUUCUUCCUUCCGGGCACAGUCAGACACAGCGCCGAGCCGAGCCCCCUUCCCGCGGACGAGUACCGCCUCGUCUCCCCGCUCACCUACCGCUACCUCCUCAACCAGGCGGGGGCGUGCCGGGACAGAAGCCCCUUCCUGGUCCUGCUGGUUCCCGUCGCCCCUCACCAGGCGGAGGCCAGGCAGGCCGUGAGGAGCACCUGGGGGGCUCCAAGCAGGGACACUCUGACCCUGUUCUUCUCGGGUGUUGCACAGGGGGCGCUGUUGUCGCCCCUUCAGAGACUCCUGGAGAAGGAAAGUCAGCAGCACGCAGACAUCAUCCAGCUGGACUUUCUGGAUUCUUACCAGAACCUGACGAUAAAGACCGUGAUGAUGAUGCAGUGGCUGGCUGCCCACUGCCCCAACGCCUCCUAUGCCAUGAAGGUGGACUCUGACAUCUUUGUCAACGUGUUCCACCUCGUCCAACGCCUCAGGAGCUCCCCCAGGGCGGGCUUCAUCACCGGGUCGCUGAUCCGGGACGGCCGGCCCAGGAGGGACCCCAGCAGCAAGUGGUUUCUCUCCGAGGCGCUGUACCACGAAGACAGCUUCCCGCCCUACGUGUCUGGAGCCGGCUACGUGUUCUCCACCGACCUGGCGGCCCGGAUCUCGCGGGCGUCCAGGUUUGUGCGGGUCAUCCCCCUGGAGGACGUCUACGUGGGCCUGUGUCUGCGCGUGCUGGGCGUCCGGCCGGCGUACUCCCUCAGCCUGCCGCUCUUCCGGAACCUGUUCGAGGUGCGGAGGCUGGAGUACGACAGGUGCACCUUCGCCCGGCUCAUCAUCGUGAACGGGUUCAAGCCGUCGGAGCUGCUGGCCGUGUGGCGGGACUUCUCCACGGGCCGGGCGGACUGCUGACUGCCUGUCAGCGUUGCCUCACCGUGAAACUAACUGGAUGAAGUUGGCUGCAAAGGUGGAGGGAAAGCCAUAAAACACUGUGACAGUCCUGAAAACAGCAGGAUUGUGCCUUUCACUGUUUUGCUGAAACGUCUGUUUAAAGGUUACCCACUCUCAGGGUCCAGCGAGUUCAUGCGAUUUACUUCAUUUUUGUCAACGCUUGGUAGGAAAGUUGAUGUUUAGGUGUGACAGAAGCUCUGCAGGUGGAAAAGGCGGCAGCUGGAAGCACUUUAUGCCAAAGACAACAAGGAACAAAGGUUCCCCAGAGAUGACUCACCGCCUGCUGCUCCGCGCGCCUUGGGCUCAGGUGUGGGUUGACCUGGGAUUGUAGCCAAACUCAGCCACAGAAACUCAGAAGUUAAUUUUUUUCCUGCAAGGUCGGGCUUGGAGAAAUCUCUAAAAAAAAAAGAUGCACGGCACUAUCUUCUAGUCCCGUGCAUUUUGGGCACAGACUCUCUGUGAACAGAUCGGGGCUGAACGCCCAUCAAACCAAAGCAGCUCCUGCUGGUAGGCCUCGUUUAUUGGAGUCAGAAAACCGCAUUUCCCUACAGCCCGCUGUGAGAGAAAGACAGAGAGUGACUUCAGCGGUUGUCAGAGCAGCGACAAAAUAUUACAGAAAGUAGACGUAUGGUCAGUAGACGGCACCGUUAUGGAAAAGAUCUACUUAUUUAACCAAAUAACCCGAAUUGGUAAUAAAAAAAAUGGUAAUAGCGGUGAAAUGAGCUGCACCUGUUGCAUUUUGGGUAGAGCCGCACAGCUCAGCAGAUUGCAGUUGCAUUGUGGGUGCAAUAUAGGAGAGGACUACAUGGAUGCAAUAUUUAGUAGCAUGAAGGAUUGAUCCCAACUGUUUCAGCUCUGAUAUCACAAUUAAGUUUGUUCCCCAAAUGGUGCAGCCUUAACUUCAUGUCAGUGUUGUAGAAAUAUUCCCGAAUGUUUACACAAAACCUCAAUGAGAAUCAUGUCCUCUGUUGUCACGAGACGAGGCAUGGGCCUGUUGCUCAGGUUGUGGCGCUGCAGUCACUGUCUCCAUGGAAGACGUGUGUGCGCGGGUGUGUGUGUGUGUGUGUGUGUGUGUGUGUUCCCAAAGUGCUGCUGGGAUGGAACAUUUUGUUGCCUGUUUUAUUUUAGGUUCCUUCUCCUUGCCAUGGUUUGUUAGGCCAGUUAAACGGCCUUUCGUUGGGUUUUAAGGCCACAAAUGGAGUGGAUGUUAGUAGCCAAGAGGCUAUGGGGACGUCAUGAUGAUGCAAAGUCAGGGAAGAGAGAGGAAGAUGGGCCUUAAUUGCAGUCAUUGCACUCAUUGCCACAUUUAGCACGGUUCACUAAGGUUGAAUAAGUUCCCGUUUUAAAACUGCAAAAAAAUGCUCUGUUCAUAUGGUUUAGAAUCCUUUAGAGGAGAUGCCCUUGGUUUUUCUGGCAGGAAGGCACAGAAGGGUUGUAGCACUGCCCCUCCCCCACCAGUUGCUGCACACUGCCAGCCGACUGCCUGAAAGAAGUUUUUUUCGUGUACCACAAAAACAAAUGAAGCCAUUUGGAAAUCUUUCCGAUCACGACGACCACAGAGCCAGUAAAUGCUGCAGACAGCGCUAUCACACCUGCGUGUUACUCCAGCAGCAGCGGCAAUAAUUGUCACUUUUCUGUUUGAAAUUAAAGUAAUUAGGUCAUUUUCAUUUUUUUGUCAAUACUGUUUUUUUUAUAUGUAUAUUUUUUUUACUCAAGGUAAUGGUACCAGGAGAAUCUCAUACAUACUGUAGAUAGAGUUUAUAUACUCCUUCUUGAAGCAGAAACUGUUGUUCAACAUGUUGGGUUUUUUUUUUACAGAUCAUACGAUUCUAGCAGGAGGCCCAGCAUGUCUAACAAAAAGCUGUCACAGAAUGUCUGAAAGUUUCUGCUGGUAUUAGCAGGUUUUUGUGCCUUUUUAUGUAAUCUUCAGACGCUCUGCUGACUUAUGUCGUUCUUGUGAGGGACAGCCAGCAGGUGGCGGUAUAACCCAAGUGAUAAAAUAGAGAAUGCCUAUUUAUAUUCAGUCACAUGCAGGGAAGUUAUGCCUUUAAACAUUAUCGUGUGUGUGUGUGUGUGUGUGUGUGUGUGUGUGUGUGUGUGUGUGUGUGUGUGUGUGUGUGUGUGUGUGUGUGUGUGUGCUUCAUGCAUCUAUACCUCAGUCAGACUACUAUAUGAUGUCAUUGAGUUUCUUGCUGCCUCUGAUUGGCCAUAAAUGCUAUGGCCAAUGCUGUCUCCUAACUAAUCAAAUGAAUGCCUUUGAACAUUUUAAACACGCCUUCAUCUACAAGUGUCCUUGAUAGCGUGAAGUUGUGUGAAGUGUAAAUAAACAGAACUGUGCAAAAUUCUCA